AUGGCUCUCGACCGUCUUAAGCAAGCAUCUUCUCAUAUUAUGGGGCAAAAUGAACCGCCAUACCCGUUCGACCCACUUUCUGAGGUCGAAAUCGAGCAAGCAGUUGCCAUCAUUCGAAAGGAACACAGUGGUCUCUUCUUUAACGCCGUCACACUCUGGGAGCCGCGCAAAGUAGAAAUGAUGGCUUGGCUAAAGGAUCCAAAGACAGCUCCUAAGCCACACCGUGUAGCAGAUGUGGUAGCAAUUGGCAGAGGAAGCAAAGUCUAUGACGGUGUUGUGGAUCUAACAGAGAAGGAAAUUGUGAGCUGGCAGAGGACAGAGGGUGUCCAACCCUUGAUUGUGGAGACCAUUGUUCGCAGAGAUCCUAAAGUCAUUGAACAGUGUGGUAUCAUUGGCAUUCCUCCGGAAGAUAUGCAUAAAGUCUACUGUGAUCCUUGGACCAUCGGAUACGACGAACGCUUUGGCAACAAUAUCAGGCUCCAGCAGGCACUGAUGUAUUAUCGCCCACAGGUGGAUGACAGUCAAUACAGUUACCCCCUCGAUUUCUGCCCCAUCUACAAUGCUGAUACUCAAGAAAUCAUUCAUAUCGAUAUUCCUUCCGUCCGACGACCUAUCAACAGGGCUCCACCGAAUAACUAUCAUGCUGCGGCAAUUGAAAAGGAUGGUGGCUAUCGGACUGACCUGAAGCCCAUAAGUAUCACCCAGCCAGAAGGUGUAUCAUUCUCAAUGGAUGGACGCAUCAUCAGCUGGCAGAAUUGGAAGCUUCAUAUUGGGUUCAACUACCGUGAGGGCAUGGUCUUGUCGAAUAUUACAUUCAAUGACAAGGGCAACGAGAGACCAAUCUUUUGGAGACUAUCCCUUGCAGAGAUGGUCGUGCCAUACGGGAAUCCAGAACACCCUCAUCAGCGAAAGCACGCAUUCGACUUGGGCGAGUACGGGGGCGGCUAUAUGACUAACUCACUGAGCCUGGGUUGUGACUGUAAAGGCGCUAUUCACUACUUAGACGCUGCCUUUGUAAACCGAGCUGGUGAGGCUACGACCAUCAAGAAUGCUAUCUGUAUCCACGAAGAAGAUAACGGCAUCCUCUUCAAACAUACCGACUUCCGAGACGAGAGCGUUACCGUGACUCGUGCCCGGAAGCUCAUCAUCUCGCACAUCUUCACUGCAGCAAACUAUGAAUAUUGCGUCUACUGGAUUUUCCACCAGGACGGUACUGUCCAGCUUGAGAUUAAGCUCACCGGUAUCCUAAACACGUACGCUAUGAACCCGGGCGAGGACACUCACGGAUGGGGCACGGAGGUCUACCCAGGUGUCAACGCCCACAAUCACCAGCAUCUGUUCUGCCUGCGCGUAGACCCCAACAUCGACGGACAGGAAAAUACCGUGUUCCAAGUCGAUGCCGAGCGAGGCCCUGGAGAAGUCGGGAGCGCAGAGAACAAGUAUGGGAACGCUUUUUACGCCAAGAAGACGAGGUUCGAGACUGCUGAGCAGGCAAUGAGCGACUAUAAUGGCGCGACUAGCAGGACGUGGGACAUGUGCAACGAAAACAAAUUGAAUCCUUACAGCCACAAACCAGUUUCUUACAAGUUGGUGAGCAGGGAGGUACCUCCCCUACUGCCAAAGGAGGGAGGCCUGGUGUGGAAGCGAGCAGGAUUCGCUCGACAUGCAGUGCACGUAACGAAGUAUGAUGACUCCCAAGUCCAUCCUGCCGGUCGUCACGUCCCCCAGACUAGCGGGGAGCCAUCGAUGGGCCUACCCCAAUGGAUCGCUGCCAACCCGCAAGCCAGUAUUGCCAACACCGAUGUUGUUCUCUGGCAUACCUUCGGCAUCACUCACUUCCCCGCACCGGAAGAUUUCCCAGUGAUGCCUGCCGAACCAAUGACGCUGCUCUUGAGACCUAGGAACUUUUUCAUCAGAAACCCUUGCUUAGAUGUUCCUCCGAGCUACUGUAGCGUUCCGAGUGGUGUCAAGCAAGGGGGUACUUUGGUGGACAAGAUUAGUCAUCUGGCAUUUGGAGAUAACAAGACCAUCACUGUAUCCCCGCCACCGACAAUGCCCCGCGCCCUCCCGCCAAUCGAGGGGAAUAAAGGCCCAAAUAUCUCGCCCUCCGUCGUAGAAAGCGUCGCGGGCUUCAGCGCCGGAGUUGUCUCCUGCUUGACUGUCCAUCCGCUAGACUUGCUUAAAAAUCGCCUUCAGCUGAAUACCCAGACUACAUCGAGGCCGGGCGAUUCCUUUCGUAUAUUCCGCCAUGUCGUCCGCGACGAAGGCGGCUUCCGAGCGCUGUAUAGAGGCCUGUGGCCAAACAUGCUAGGGAAUUCGCUAGGAUGGGGUCUAUACUUCUUGUUUUAUGGGAAGCUGAAGGAUCUGAUGCAAGCACGGCGGGGACAUGGGGAGUACCUCUCCUCGGCCGAAUUUUUCUCAGCCUCCAUUAUCGCAGGUUUGCUGACUGGCGCGUGCACAAACCCGAUCUGGGUUGUUAAAACCCGCAUGCUCGAGCGGGGUGCAAACCACCCGGAAGCAUAUAAAACCAUGUGGAUUGGAAUGAAGCACGUCUACGCAACUCGCGGCAUCAAAGGACUUUGGGCGGGCUUCAUCCCAUCUACGCUUGGCGUCGCCCAUGGCGCAGUCCAGUUCGCGAUAUACGAGAAGAUGAAGCAUCGCCGGGGCGAGGCGAUUGGAGGGCAGCAUAAACUGUCUAAUUGGGACUAUAUUUAUAUGAGUGGAGGUUCAAAGCUACUGGCCGGAAUUAUCACAUAUCCUUACCAACCGAUAAGAGCUCGGAUGCAGCAGUAUAAUGCUGCGAAUGCCUAUUCCGGUCUUAUAGACGUUUUGAGUAAGACAUACAGAAACGAAGGGUUUCUCGCAUUUUAUAAGGGAGUUAUACCAAACACAGUGCGAGUCGUCCCAACCACGAUUGUCACAUUUGUUGUUUAUGAGAACACGAAGAAAUACCUGCCCCAAUUUUUUGAUGAUGAAGAGAUGGCUCAUGAGGAGGAUUGA